AUUGCUGAAGAUAAUGCAAUGUGACCUGCCCUUCAACCAUGAUAUAUUGCGUGCUUUGCGAAAUGUCACUCCCAGAUCUUGACAUGGUUGAUACAUGAAGUUCAAAGGAGAAGCAUAGGACGGAGCUUAGGCAGUUUACUUUCUUUGUUGAGGUACUGACCCAGCAUGGCUGCUGAAGACGGACCUCCAUUCUCUCUCGAUGCAUUCAUUAGUGAUCUGGAUGCUGCUUUACACAAGACAUCUGAUGACACUCUCGCUGCUGCAAUCCUGUCACAGGAUUUAGUAACUGUUAAAGUAAAAUGGAAGAAUGAGUCUCUUUACUACACACAUCCAGGCACAGGCCUGUCAUAUCUCCAGUUGGCAGUCACCAGGGGCAACCUAGAUGUCGUUACCUUUCUCAUCAAAGCAGGAGCAGACGUCAACUACAUGGCCUACAAACCAAACAAAUACACCAACCUAUCCUGUUUGCAUUUGGCUGUCAGCUUUGCCUGCAGGCCUGAAGUCUUUGAAUGUCUCUUCAAUGCCGGCUGUGACACUGAGACCCACCUGUUGAUAGAUUCUAGUACUAGCCUGAAUGGCUUGACGCCACUACACAUAGCAAUACUUCGCAAUGACGUGGACUCAUUUGACCUAUUAUUGGACAAAGCUGUCCUAAACGUGCAAACUCUAGGUGGUUACUCGCCGUUACAUCUGACUGCCAUGGUGGAUAACAACGCUAUGAUGACGACCCUGCUCAAACUGGACAUCAUAAAACAGGUCUAUGCUAACAAUGGUGCUACUGCUCUUUACACAGCAGCUAAACAUGGGUCUUCAAAGGUCUUGAAAAUUCUAUUAGGAAAUGGUUACAGCGUUGAGAAAAGGGUUACAGGAGGUCUUACCCCAUUACAUGCCGCAGUCCUGAAAGGUUCAUCAGCCUGUGUGGCUGCGUUGUGCGAAGCUGGUUGUGAUGUGGAGCCAGUGGCAUCUGCCGUCAACCACAAGGGGAAGCUCUUGAAGGGUGCAGAUGCCUUGAGGGAUGCAACUCCUCUCCAUUUUGCAGUACAUAAAGGCCAUCUGCAGUGUGUAGAAAUAUUGUUAAAGAAUCAUGCAAAUCCGACAACCGUUUGCUGGAAAAAGAAAAAAGACGAAAACUUGAGUCCGCUUCAUUUGGCUGUGAUAAACAAUUCCGUCCAGAUUGCGGAGUUACUUCUCAAACAUGAUGCGGAUAUCAAUGCAGAGAAUAACGUUGGAUUGACACCGUUACUUUGUGCCGUCAUAUUGAAAAGGACAGACAUGGUGGAGUUUCUGUUGAAGCAGGAUCGCGUUGGUGUCAAUAAAUGUAUUCAUGGCUCGACCUCUUCUCCGUUGAUCUAUGCCAUUAGUCAUGAACUAGAAAAGAUAGCUCUGCUGCUUAUCCAGCAUCCAAAUAUCCAGUUGAAUCAGCGAGUUGUUUUUGAAGAAAAGGAUGGUGAUUUGCAUCGUGAGGUCACACUGAUACAUAUCGCGCUCAUCUUGGGUCAGACGAGGAUUGUGGAGGCUUUAAUCAAGUAUGGAGCAGACGUCAGGCACAAAAUAAACUUCAAUGAUGGUGAAGAGCUUAAUGUCUCCCUCAUGCAUAACGUCUCACGAUAUCAUCGCAAUGACAUGAUCAAGAUACUGGCUGUUGCUGGAACGCCGCUGGAUUCGCAGACCAAUGAGGGAAUCACUCCACUAAUGAUGGCGGUCGAAGGUCCCAACAUCGAAUUGAUGAAGUUCCUUCUCGAAAAAGGCGCAGAUGUGAAUUUACAGGACGAAACCCAUGACAUGACGGCCCUGAUGCGGACAGCUGAAGACGGACUCAUUCAGGCGACAAGACUUCUCCUCAAUACCAGGAGAUGUGACCUUGACAUUCAAGAUGAUGAAGGUCUGACAGCACUCCAUUCAGCCUUGACUUACGGCAAUGAAGUUGUUGCUCACAUGUUAAUCGAUCACGGAGCAGACGUCAAUCUGAAGAGUGGCCGAGUUGCAGACCGGGACAGACUCACACCACUCGUUCUGGCCAUCGAGUACUCAGACGUGAGGAUGGUGCGGCGUCUGCUGGAGAAGGGGGCAGAUCCAAACGGUCGGUUCAUGAGAGACUUCACGCCACUGCACCUGGCCGCCCAAUUGAACAAGGUUCAAGAGGUUAAAGAUCUCUUGAGGUUUGGAGCCAAAAUCAACGUUGAAUCGACAAGAGGUGAAACACCGAUCCAUUUCGCUCUUUAUUUUGAAGCAAUGGGUGCGGCUGAAGUGUUAAUCCGUCGCGGCGCCCAACUCAUGGCAAACGGAGAGAUCGCUCGUUAUCUGAAGGGUACCGUGAUUCAUUACGCUGCAUAUAAAGGACAAACAGAAAUGGUGGAUCUACUCGCCGAUUUCGGCGCAGAGAUAUACUCGAGUGGUGAAUCCAGUAUCGCACGCGAUGUGUCACCUCUUUGGUUUGCCUCUCGUGGCUCAGCAGAUCAGUCGUUGGAGUGCUUUAAGAAAUUGAUCCGUCUCGGCUGCGAUGUGAGUGCUCGCACAGAUGAUGGUACACCUGUGGCGUGUGAGGUUUUCAGGAACGCAGCUGAUUCUGUAAAUGAAAAUAGGGUUAAACUGCUGUUAAGACAUGGCGCAGAUAUUGGGGGCCCUGGCGCACUGACUAUGCAUCCGAGCCCAACGUUGUUACGUCUUCUCAUUCAGGCUGGGAUUGAUGUGAAAAGUGGAUUAGAUUUCAUUGGUGAGGUGAUCCCUCAUCAAGCUAUAGCCAAAUCUGAGAAUCCAGAUUGCUUAAGACUUGUGAAUACAUUCGGUUGUGAACUUGAUGAUCUAGAUAUAAAUGGGUUGAGUGCUCUGCAUAUCGCAGCUGCAUUUGGUAGGGUUGAGACUGUGACAUACCUUGUCAAUUGCGGUGCCGAUAUAAACUUAAGGGUGAAAUCCUAUUUCACACUCCGGAAUGCUACCCCACUUCAUAUCGCUGCCUGGAAGGGAUAUGAGGACGUUAUAGUGAAACUUAUGGAGGCUGGUUGUGAUUUCAAUGCAGUCUGUGGUUUAGAGGCAAACAAUGACCUUGAGAAUGUCACAGCACUUCAUAUCACGGCCUGGAACGCUUCAAAUGAUGAUAUGGCACAGUUCCUCCUGGGUCAUUCUGACCCAAAUCUACAGAACUCGGCAGGUGAAACGGCUCUUUUCAUGGCAGUGUCAAGGGGGAACAUUGGUGUUUUCCGCGCGUUAAUGGGGGCCGGGUGCUACUUUGAUGUCGGCACACACUUACUGAUGACACCAUUGAUUCAGGCAGUCAAAGGUGGCGAGAUGGAAAUGGUUGAGGAGCUCAUUCAAGCAGGAUGUAACGUCAAUGCAGAGGCGAUGCUGUCGCAGGAUGAUGAUGAGACCGGUGACGACAUUAUAGCGGACUUCACUGCCCUCCAUGUCGCUGCGGAGAAGGGAUUUUCUUCGAUUGUCAAGAUGCUGAUUGAGGCUGGUGCUUGGCUUGAUGCCAAAGAGACACGAGGGGGGGUUGGUGGAUACACCCCCCUCCACUGUGCAGUCGUCAAGUCGCACGGAGAUGUCAUCGCCAUCCUAGCCAAGGCGGGCUGCGACAUUAACGCUCAGCUGGACAGCGGUUGGUCGGCACUCCAUCUCAGUGCGAAGGAGAACAAUAUGGAUGUGGUCAAACAGCUGGUCAACCUCGGAAUUGACCCGAUGCUAGUCACCCUGGGUGAAGGGCGAACUGCUUCGGAAUUCUCCCAUAAUGCCGAGUUAACAAGCCUGCUUGUCGGAUACGAAGCGUCUUGGAAGCACAAACACCAGCGGCGAACGGUGAAGAGUCGGCUGAGUCUCCAACGUCGUAUCAGCAUGAAGGUCAUGGAAGAGUUUAGCACGGAUGACUAUGAUGCAGCCGCCUCGAGUGGGGUAGUUGUAGAGGGUGCGCCAGCUGAGGGUAGUGGUUGAAUUUACAUAAAGUAAGACGAUAUGCAGGAGCCAUUGGGCCUGAUUAAGAUUCAUUGAGUGGUUGAUAGGGGUCUCUGCUACGAAGUUGCAGCCAGCUCUCUAUUAAUGUGUUGUGUGUGCAAAGUAUUUGUUAAACGAUUGCAUCAGAAGUACUGCAGUGCAUUAGCAAUGUACAGCAUAGCAAGGAUAUUUUGGUGAAUUGAGUUUGUCACUCAGGUAGAGACAUUUAGUUGGGAGGCACUCAUUCAGAUUUGAGUCUUGUGUUCACUUUCUGGAGUCCCCAAUGUGCCAUGAACAUGUAAUUUAUUUGUAUUUGUACUCAUUUUGAUGUUAUUGUUCAUAGUUUCUAAUAUGUCCCAUAGAGAGUUACAGAAAUCCUUUCCUAACAUGUUUUACUCCUUGGAGGACAUUGAAUCUGCAUCGCAUGGUUGACAGAAAUCGGAACAAAAACGGUCAAGCUUAUUUUUAUAAACGACUUCAUGUACCACUAUGAUUAAAA